UCUACAUAACUCAUGAUUUCCGUGAGAUUCUAUUGAGAGAUAAUAAGAAAGAGUUAGACAAGUACAAGCAUUACAUCCUCGAUAAUCAUGGACGAUUAUCACAUCAAACACACUCCGUGGUACCAGGCCGCCGUCGAGGCCUUCAGCGCCAAGGCGGCGAAGCAAGAUCUCGCCCAUCCCAAUGAUCCAAACACCGCUCCCAACCCCGACAUGGUGGUCGCGGCUCGGCUGCGUCCAGUGUUGGAGGACGAAGUGGCCGCUGGUCUCAUCCGGGGUGUUUUCCCCCGCAAGAGCGGAAACGGCGUCGUCGACAUCCAUCAGAUCCGCAAGCACAUCAAGCCGCUCGGUCCGCCAACGCUGAUGGUAAGCAACCGACAGGCAAAACCCCCCAACAAAGGGCCCGGUCCGGUAGUCAGCAUCGACCGGGCUUACGGCCCGGAAGACACCUCGGAGCACAUCUACCAAGACUUGGUGCAGCCGCUGGUUCCCUGGGCAUGGGGUGGCGGCGUGAGCACCUUGUUCGCCUACGGCCAGACGGGCUCCGGCAAGACCUUCACCGUCAGCGCCAUAGAGAAGCUGGUUGCCCAGUCGCUCAUGAGCGGAGACCUCGACGGAGAGCGCAAGGUGUAUGCGUGCAUCAUUGAGUUGGCUGGCAAGUCCUCGUUCGAUCUGCUGAACAAUCGAAAGCCCAUUUCCAUUUUGGAAGAUUCCUUUGGCGUCACGCAGCUUGCCGGCGCCAUGGAGUUCGAAGUGACCGAAGCCGCCGUUCUGCUCGACCUCAUUGAACGAGCGGCAAGCUUUCGUCGCACCGCAUCUACGAUGAAGAACGACGAAUCGUCCAGGUCUCAUGCCAUCUGCCGGAUCCGCAUCGAGAACCCAUCCAUGCCGACUGCCGAUGACGGACUCUUAUACCUCAUCGACUUGGCCGGGUCCGAGGCCGCCCGGGAUGUCGCCAACCACACCGCCGACCGCAUGAAGGAGGCUCGCGAGAUCAACACAAGCCUAUCGGUCCUGAAGGACUGCAUCAGGGGCCGGGCGAUGGUCGACGCAGCCUCGUUGACAGGGAAGCCCCAGAGGCCGACGCACAUCCCCUUCCGCCAGAGCUCCCUCACCAAGAUCCUCAAGCACGUGUUCGACCCCGUCGGCCAGCGCAGCUGCAAGACCGUGGUUGUGGCGUGUGUCAACCCCAGUCUCCCCGAUGCUGGCGCGGGCAAGAACACGCUGAAGUAUGCCGAGAUGCUGCGCGUGCUGCUGCCCAAGACAAAACCCCAGGCGUACGAUUCCGAGAUCCCCUCUACGUGGUCCAACAAACAACUGCAGAGUUGGAUCAACAAUAACUCUGGACGCCCUGCAAUCUCGGGCGAGACCCUUGCUCCCUUCGAGACGGGCGGCCUCCUCCUCCGCCUGCCAACACCCGAGUUUCUCACCCGCUGUUUGAAAACCCCCGGCGUCACCCAGGACCAGGCUCGCGCAUUCCAUGCCAAGUUCUGGCGCCUGCAUGUGGAUUCGCAAAAGUCCGGCGUGAAGAAGUCUGCGGCCACCGCCGAAGUUGGGUCGUCUCCUCAGGAGCAGGGCGGUAGGAAACCGGCCUUGAACCAGGAUAUGCUCUCGUCGAGCGUCGACCCCAACCCUCAGGCCGCCCAGGUGCCCUUCAAAGACCGGAUACGCCCCGGGAUGGUCGUACGCUGGACCCCACCCCCGACGUUUCCCCUGGGACUUCCCGGCAUUAACAUGGUUGUCGUGCUGAGCCCCCAGUCGGCAGUCGGGCCCAACGUGCGGGAUGUCAGCGGUGAUUUGGUCAACGAGAAGAGCGAGUCCAUCGGCGAGCAGCAGAAAUAUCUCUGCGCGAUGGUUCUUCCGGGGUUCAUGGCCGACUCGUACGAGCUGAGCAUGUGGCGCCACGUCGUUGUCGACAUUGAUCAAAUGGAGGCUGAAGUGCUCCUGGAGUAUGAUGCAGCCACGAGGUAUUACUAUAUGACGGUUUGAC